GCGUUCUGGCAUUAAAUGUCUGGAAAGAGCAGCGAGAUGGGAGCAGGAGUGCACAGCGGCGCCUUGCCAGGCUUCAAGGACAUCUGAGCUUAAAUCUUGGCCGAAGAUUUAAAGCAAAAAGUGCUAGUAGGUGCCAUGCUCGGCCCGAGGCACCGUGACUCUGUCCUCACCUCGUAGCUGACCUCACCGCCACGUAUGCUUCGGUACAAAGAAAUAUCAAGGAAAAGGGUGAAUGUAACCACCAAACAAGAUGAACGCUCGCUAACCUGGAUGAAGUUGUCCCCUCGGGUUGUGCAGAAAUUGGGCCGAUGCGAUCUGGGAGCUUCCCAGGUGUCAGAGAUACGGGCAGGCUCUUGGAGGGGCCGCUUUUCUUGCCGAUUUCAAACGCUAACACUUUGCCUCCCUGGGGCUGGCUCUCGGCAGCCGAAUAAGGACAGCGGCGAACGUGAGAACAAGCAGCUCAGAGAAGAUGAUGAAGUGGAGACCGUCAAGCACAAGGAGCUCAAACUCCGAAACUACGAGCCCGAAGAUGAGGAGCUGAAGAAGAGGAAGGUGCCCCAGGCCAAGCCGGCUUCAGUGGAAGACAAGGUGAAGGACCAGCUGGAGGCCGCCAAGCCGGAGCCCAUCAUCGACGAGGUGGAUCUGGCAAACCUGGCCCCCAGGAAGCCAGACUGGGAUUUGAAGCGAGACGUGGCCAAGAAACUGGAGAAGCUGGAGAAGAGGACGCAGAGAGCCAUCGCUGAAUUGAUCCGAGAGCGGUUGAAGGGGCAGGAGGAGGAGCUGGCGGCCGCUGUGGGGUCAGCGAAGCAGGAGGGAAGCGACUCCGACUGAGGAGAUCCAUCCCGGCAGCCUGGCGCCCGGGCUCCGCGGAUCUGCCUCGGGUGGGGGCACCCGGUUGGGACACGCCGCUCGCCGACGCUUUGCCAGGAGCCCGCAGAUCCUACCGUGCCUGCAGGAGAGGGGCAGAUCCGAGGAAUCCUCUCUUGGAUUAUGGCUGGCUGUUGAGGAACACUUCACAGAUAGCUUUUUGGGACCGUGGGGAGCAGGACAGACGCCCGCGUUAGCUUUGAACCUAGGCUGCCAGGACUUCAGAGCAAGGAGGAUUUGGGCAAAAGGGCUCGUGCUGGAGGAGAGAAAUUCAGGCUUGUAAGCGAGAAGAUGCCCCUGCAGCCGACAGCAACCCCUUGGGGAGGCACGACCGGUUCCCAGGGGAUGGACGCUCCUGUUCCCGCACAGAGAAGCCUUUUUUUUUUUUUUUCCAAGGUGCCCCUUUCUGCAGGAGAGCUGGUGCAAGAGCCACGUGGGGAACCGCGGAGGUCGCUCGCCCUAGUGAGCAGGCUGUGAGUAUUUGGGAACAUCCACGGCCAGGCGCAGCACGUGCAGAAUAAUUCUGCUGGAAAGGGGCUGUGCGGCUCAGGACCCGUUGGCUGCUCUGCAUCCAGCUGAGGUUAACAUGGGGUUUGAUCUGUUCCCUGGAGUUGCCCCGACUCGCCAGGCUGUGCUGUGUUUCCGCUCCUCUGCGUGUUUUAUAAUUGAUAAAAGCUCGUUGUUGGCAAAUAUUUCUGUAAUAAAACAGUCCCGCGGCGGAA